GGAUUUGGUGCCCUCGUGAAUUGAUAAGUUCUUGGAGUUGAUAUAUGUAUGUUCCACCAAAUUAGGGGUUUGAGCAGAACCCUCUUUGAUUUGGUGCUCAAAUUGAUCACUCAAGCCAACUCCAAAUGUGAAAUGACUCCUUGAUCAGUACUGGAUAUCGUGCUAGGCUGAAUUGAACCAAGUUGUUAUUUGGAUAGAAUCACAUAAUAGAUUUUUUAUUCCAUAAAUCUGCUUAGAAAUAAAGAAAAUAAACGGAUCGAAUCAGACGACUAGUGUUUUUUAGUUGACUCAAUUCGUCAUUUCUCUUUAUUUGUAUGCAGUCCUAUGCUGGUUCAAUCUGAUUAUGGAACGUACCAGUGUACACCCUUAGUAUUGGAAGUCUCUGUUUCUUACUAUCGUUUGCUUAUUCCUUAGCUGAUUAACCUUCUUUGUUUGUCCAGAUACCAACUGAUCAGGCUGCAACCACGAGGAAUCACUGAAAACUGCAAGUGGCUAGAGAUGUUUGAAGACAUUGGGAUGAUCAUCUUCUGUGUCUCCUUGAGCGACUAUGACCAGGUCUCUUUUGAUAUCAACGGUUCUCCCACCAACAAGAUGAUGCAGAGCCGAAAGUUCUUUGAGACCAUCGUGACACAUCCGACAUUUGAGCAGAUGGACGUCCUUUUGCUGCUAAACAAGUUCGACGUGUUUGAGGAGAAAAUGGAGCGGGUUCCGCUGACGAAAUGUGAGUGGUUCGACGAUUUCCAUCCCAUCAUAAGCCACCAUCGUUCGACCAGCAACACCCGCAGCAGCAGCAACAUCAACCACAGCCCUUCGCUCGGCCAGCUGGGUUUCCACUACGUUGCUGUGAAGUUCAAGCGGCUUUAUGCAUCGCUCACUGGUCGAAAGUUGUUCGUCUCGAUGGUCAAAGCUUUGGAGCCCGAUAGCGUCGACUCGUCCUUGAAGUAUGCAAGGGAGAUCAUGAAGUGGGAAGAAGAGAGACCAAAUUUCAGCUUGAGUGAGUAUUCUAUCUACAGCACCGAAGCGAGUUCAUACUCUCCUUGAUCGAGCAUGUUCGGGAAUUGCUCCACACUGUGUACAUAAAAUGGCCGUGUAAAUGAAGCAAGUUAAAAGCCAGAUAUAUGAAUGUACAAGCUAUCUCUUAUUAGGUACCACAAUACCAUGCUUGUCUGUUUUAUUUGUUUUCCCCUUGAUAGAUGAUUACCAAAGACCUUCGUCACAGAUUUGGAAUUGGAAAGCAGUGAGAAGUGUUCGGUUUUUCGUGAUUGUAGCGAGUUUCAUCUUUUUGGCAGGAUUCAGUUCAUCUGUAAUUGUAAACCCUUGAAUCUUGAUACAAGCUGAAAGUAGGUCUAUUACAUUGGCGUAACAGUGAAACUCUUUGGAUGAGAACUAGGGCUCUGAGAUUUGCUCGUGAAAUGGAUAGAGGAGUUCAGCCUAUUUUUGCAGAUAACUGAUGACAUUGUUAAUGGAAACCGACUUCUGCAGAUAACUGAUGUUGUAAUAGAGACCGGCAGAAAGGAACUGUCAGUGAUCAAACUUAGAAUAAAAUACACCGCAUGCU